AUGAAUCCGCAUAGACUUGGCCAGUCUUCAGGGAAUAGGGAACCUGAGGGCGCAAACACGAUCCCUUUCCCUCCUUUUCCAUAUGAUAUGCCAGAGGAGGUAGAAACCUUUAACUCAAGGCCAACCCAACUACAAGGGCCCCCGCCUCAGUAUACUGGAUCUUAUGGUAGAUUGGCUGGAUAUCCUGGGGAAGCUGCUAAGUAUGCUUCUGUGAUUAGGGAUAAACUGGGCGCUGAUCCUUUGGUUACUCAUACUCACACUCACCAUUAUUCUUACAUGGAGAAUACUUUCAGACCCCAGCCACCAAUUACUUAUGAUGCAGCUUCACGCCUUGCACUUGCUAACCCUGCUACUAACAACUCCUAUGUUCACUCCCAACCCACAGCGCAAGCAGAGAGCUUUGCUGCUGGUGCGGCUACAUCACCUGAAGGCUUCUCUCACUACCCCCAACAAGAACGCGGUCGGCCAUUUUACCGAGGUGCGCCAUCUUUCCGUCUUCGUUCCCAAGGGCGAGAACGGAGUCAGCCAGCAUACCAACAUUCAAGUCGUAUCAGCCGCGAGCUUCGAGAGACCGGCCACCUGACGUCCACGCGCCCCAGCUCACUUGCAACAUUAGCUGCCCUCACGACCAAGCCAAACCUUACAACCACACAGGGGAGUGCCAGUUUCGGAGUUGAGAAUACUACAGAGAUGGAGUAUUAUUACCACAACCAUGGGAUUCCGGGAACGAGGUCGAAUUCUAGGGUGGUUACUGCGAUCAACCCAGCGCUGACAGCUCAUCCGCUGCAGAAUAUGGCUGCAAUGGAGACAGGGGGGAAUCAUGGACACGCGGUGGAACUUCCUGCUCACUUCAAUCCUCAUCUCCACAGCCCUCACCGUGCUCGUCACAUUGGACAACAUAGCUUUUCAGUCGAUCCAGGUUCUUCACAUUACACACCUCCAGCAUUUGCUCCUCCAUCUAUGCCACGUUCAAUUCCACAGGUUAAUUUCGCAAGGCACACAAAAAAUGCAACGUUAUCAGCUCCUGCGACUUCGGUGGCCACUCCUACCUCUAAGACGAGACCUACAACCCCAACGGGCCCGUUCAUCCCGGGGCCUGAUAACAUCAGUCCUUCAAAACAGGAGGAAAAACUCCACGCUCAGAAGACGAUGAUGGAACGCUUGGGAGAUACAUCAAUCGCCAACGCACUUGAUAUCGACUUUUCGAGACUCACCAUUAACCAAGCCGAUCAUUACCUCGACCUUAUCGGCGCUCCCUCUAGGCCAAAGCCAGAGUCAGCUCCUGUUCGGAAUGUGACUGCCGGAGAGGGAGAGUUGGUAGCACCUAAGCUGGCUCCUCAAAGUUUGGCUCCUGAGAAGUCUAUGACGGCAUCUUUAAGUCCCCACGACCACCAACUUCCACAACGUUCUUUACCCAGCCCUUCCUCUCAAAAUUAUUCCAACGACCUCGAGCGAGGAACCGCCUUAGCAGCACGAUAUAAUAUUCGAGGUUUAGCUAUUACACGUCUUGCAAUGUUUCGCCAGGAACGUGAAGCCGCUAUGGCUCAAGAAAGGGAAGCGUCUCCACAAGUCGCGGCUGGGUCUCGGGCUCCAUCGCCUACUUCUACCAAAGUAAAUCUAUCAGCUACUCCAUGUCCAAGCGAAGGAAGGAAUAACACUGCCACGCAGCAACCAGGUAUCCGCCGGAGUUUCCCGCCUCCCGGCUUAACUCGUCCUCGUUUUACCAACUACGCUGGUGACCCUGUGGGGAUAUACCGUCCCGUUCCAUGGACUGUGGAUACACCUGAAGAGGCUGAAAGGAAGGCUAAGAAGGCGGAGACUGCUACCACCUCGGAAGCUGGCAAGCAACCUCCUGUUCUACCACCCGCAAACACCCUACAACAAAGCCCUAUCGGUAGCAAACGCCGCUCUAUUCUACUAGCCAAGGAACGAAAUUCUCGUGUCAGUGAAACUCUCAAAUGGUAUCGUGCUGACUACCGUUGGAACGAGGGCCUCCGCGAACGUUUGGAUACCAUAAUCAAGGAAAACUUGCAAACCCGCGAUAAUGGACAGGAACCUGUUGCGAUUCCCAAAGAGCUAUAUGAGUCAGCUGAGCAAAACACGGUUUUGCUUGCCCAGGCUAUCGUUAAUCUUCAAUCUUACCUUGAAGGAAACCCAAAAGAGCAGUCCAGAAACUUCGCUCAAUAUGGACCAGCCCCCGAUGAAUGCUGCGAACCCUCUAAGGACGGAAACUUCAGCCUUUUUGACAUCCAGCCGGGCCCGUUUAGAGGGUCAGAGACGAGGAACUAA